UUCAAGCGUAACCCAUCCAUUCAGAGCCCCCUCAACCCAACAGAUACAAGUACUCGUACAAUUGGUCCAGUGGUCCAGUGGUGUACUACCGGUACCCCCAUUCGCUCACCUUCUUCAUCCCUCCCUACUUCCCUCGGCCGCUAGAAAGCCAGUCAGGACGCGAGGCAAGCAUUCUACUCGUACUCGAUUUGUCCUCCUAAGCUUUCUUCUUACGCCUCGCACGCCUUGCGUACGAGCACGACCGGACUUUAACUUACGCUAUCAUACCUUCACCCCCCAACAAACCCUACCUUACCCUUCCUCCUUCCCUUCUCCACCGCUGAGUCUCGAUCCAGCCCAUGACCUUCCAUCACUCAGCAUUUUUCCUCGCUUCUUCCUGAAUUUGUUCUCUCUUCUUCUCCAGAGACUUUGGCCCUUAUAAUAUAAGGGUUGGUCCGGUCCCUGACUACUUUCUAACCUUUCCCCUUCCAUAUUUCUUCUGUCGACCUUUAAUCCAUCAAAGUCAUCCUCCUGCAACCCUUUCACCACGUUUUCCUCCCGCUUCACCAGAUUUCGCUCAUUGCCCUCGCUUGGCAUCCCUCUCUUCGCUGCUGCUUCAAUCAACAAAAAACAUCAAGCUUCAAAAACAGUCCUUCAAACAAGCCGUGCCAUGCACAGCAAAGUAGUCAGUAAGUCCGGCCCAGCCGCCCAUACCGCUGCGGUAUAUCUGGCUCGUGCAGAAUUGAAACCUAUUAUGUAUGAGGGGAUGCUUGCAAAUGGAAUUGCACCCGGUGGACAGUUGACGACAACUACUGACGUCGAAAAUUAUCCGGGCUUUCCUAAAGGCAUUGGUGGCCAAGCGCUUAUGGAGGCUAUGAGAGAACAAAGUGAACGAUUCGGAACCACAAUAAUCACGGAGACCGUUGCAAAAGUUGACCUGUCGAGACGACCAUUCAGAUAUUGGCUUGAAUACUGUGAGGAAGAAGAUCCGAAUACGGCCGAUGCUUUGAUUUUUGCUACUGGUGCCUCGGCCAGGAGAUUGCACCUGCCCGGAGAAGACACAUAUUGGCAAAAUGGCAUUAGUGCUUGUGCUGUAUGCGAUGGUGCUGUGCCCAUAUUCAGGAAUAAGCCAUUGGCCGUUAUCGGAGGAGGAGAUUCAGCUGCUGAGGAGGCCAUUUUCCUGACAAAGUAUGGAAGCAAGGUCACCGUCCUUGUGCGAAAAGACAAACUGCGUGCUUCCAACAUCAUGGCCAAGAGACUCAGUGCUCAUCCCAAGGUUGAGAUACUCUACAACACGGUAGCGACCGAGACAAAGGGGGAUGGCAAGCUCUUGCACUCACUUGCCAUCAGAAAUGUUGUUACUGGUGAAACUCGUGACCUCUCGGCAAACGGUUUGUUUUACGCUGUUGGGCAUGAACCCGCUACCGCUCUUAUCAGGGAACAGAUGGAUUGUGAUGAGGACGGGUACAUCAUUACCAAGCCUGGAACCUCAUACACUAGUGUUAAGGGUGUCUUCGCCGCUGGUGACGUUCAAGAUAAGCGUUACAGACAGGCAAUUACCAGUGCGGGAUCCGGAUGCAUCGCGGCACUUGAGGCCGAACGGCUAUUAGCAGAGGAGGAGGAAGCUCUAGAACCGAUUGUCGAAACAAAAAAGAGUGAGGUUAACGGCAUCGCCCCACAAUACAAAACUAAUCCUAUGAUUUAAGGUGGGCUGGGUAAAGUCGGCCUGCUUGUAAUUCCCUGGUGUUUGUGCCUUAAUUGGGUCUUUUAAGUUCUGGUGUGCCGCGACAUGGCCAAUAAAAAAAUUUCCUACAGGUACAUAGUUUCGUAUUGAUUUAGGACGACAGUGUUCCUCCGCAUUUUCCAUUGAGACAAGACCUGGGGUGGGUAAUUUUUUUCCAUAUCUUUUUCGUGUAUUCUUUGGCUCCUCGAUUCUCUUUCCUUACGGUUGGGCUUCUUUCACAUUUUUCUUCCCUUUCACGAUUUAAUAUAAAGUUUUAGAACGUA